AUGGGACGAGAUGCCGUUUUUGCAGAGAUUGCUGAGCGAUUGGUGCGUCGAGGAGAUGAACGCGCAGUGUGCUCAUGGUACGCCGCCCAUCCGAUGUCCGGGAUUGCGGUUAUUUCAACCCCAUCGAAUGAUCGAAUAGCUGGUAGGCGUUUCCCGUCGCUGGACGCCACGGGCAACAUUAGGGUCAGCAUACGGAUUUCGCGUAGUGGUAUGGAACUGAACACCAGCCUCAAUACAGAGCCUGUCCGUGCCGCCGUCUCUCAGGUCGCACUUCUGUCAGCUCUGACGAAGCGCCCCGUACGUCUGCACAUCACAUGUACAAAUGUCCAGAUUCUGGAAGAGCUGCUUGUUCUCCUGCAGGAUGCGUCGCAUGGCCUCCUUCUGGUGGAGGUUGAGUUGCUGCAAACGACUGAAUUUAGUGCCCUGUUGGGUCGUCACAGACGUCGUACGGGACGAGUGCUGGAAGCUCUUCGUACUGUGGAACACCUUAUUUUGGAGGGAUCGCGCGAUGUAGACGCCAAGUUGGCUGGCAUUCAUGAAUUGGAGAGGCUGAAACGACUGGACAUUGCGGGAAUGCAGUUGUGUUCAUUGGCACCGUUGCGUGGGAUGCACACCUUGUCGGACAUCGACGUGAGCGUCACAGCAAUUACUGACGUUGACAUCCACAUAUUGGGCCAACUUCCCCACCUGCGUCGGAUUAUCGUUGACAGCUGUGCUGGACUGAAGAGCCUGGACCCGCUGGGUCGUCACCCCUCGUUGCGGUGCGUUUCAGCCGUUAGAUGUGUACAUCUUCGCCUGGUGCGCGCCCUAACUACGAUAUCAACACUCGACUACGUAGAUCUCUCGUACACAGCGGUAAGGCCCGAGGAUUUGGCGCGGUGCGUGGAAGGGCUUGGGUCAGUACGCAGUCUCGCGUUGAGUGGGCUGCGCCUCGCUGAGGUGCGGGGGUGGGCGGGCGCCUGCUGGCAGUGGCGGCGCCUCUCACUCAUGGAGGUGUGUGCUGCAGGGUUUGGGUGGAUCGUAGCGGCACCUUACCUGCGCCAUCUCGUCUUAAAUGGAACAGAAGUCACGGAAAAGCAGUUGGUUGGCAUCUGCGCAUCGCUGCCGCACCUAGAGCUGCUCUCUGUGAGUAGGUGCCUUUUUCUGCGCACGUCUUUGUCAUUUGCUUUGGACAUGGAGUACAUGCACGCGGUGCUGAUCUCGCGCCACAGUUUGGCGGAGAGUAAUGCCAUCGCUCUGUUAAAGGAGCGCGGUGUGGUGUGUGAGGUGGACUGA